GAGGGUAGCACAUAGGAAUUUCAAUAGUAAACAAAAGGAAAAAGGAAUGACAAAAGUAACGGGGAAUCCAACACAGCACACAGAUCUUGUCUUGAAGAACCAAUAAACAAAAUUAAAUGUAAGAAAAAUGGGUAAUAAGACAUCAGCUGCUGACAGGGACUGACAUGCAAAAUGGGUAAAGCUUACACUGAUGAUGGCCAUGUAUGGUAAUUGGUGAAGACUUUUUUGGCCUUACUUUUUUAAUACUAAUAGUGAUUGCCCCCUCAUUUGGGUAAAGCUUUGCCCUUUCAUCGUCAAGGUCUUGGGUCUAUCUUGAUUUUUAUUUUUAUUUUUUUGAGUAUCGCAGUACCCGUUCAAUCUUUACAUUAUAAGAGUAAACGAUUGAUUGAGUAUGAUGUGAUAUUGGCAUUGAAACUUAAAAAAAAAAAAGGGAAAAAAAAUCAAUCUUUCUUCUCUACUCACUCAAAGUUUGAAAAUUUACAGUGAGAAAAGUAGAAAAAAGAAAAAGGAAAUGAGUAGAACAAGCUCAGGGACGAAACCCACAAUGGUUCUUCCCUACCAGACCCCAAGCUUGACAGAGCAUUACAGCAUAGGGAAGAAACUUGGGCAAGGUCAGUUUGGGACUACAUACCUCUGUACCCACAAACCAACGGGGCAGCACUUCGCGUGCAAGUCAAUCCCAAAGCGGAAGCUGAUUUGUCAAGAGGACUACGAUGAUGUUUGGAGAGAAAUCCAGAUAAUGCACCACUUAUCCGAGCACCCACAUGUGGUGAGGAUCAGGGGUACCUACGAGGAUCAGCUAUCUGUGCACUUGGUGAUGGAGCUUUGUGAGGGCGGUGAGCUUUUUGAUAGGAUAGUCCAGAAAGGUCAUUACAGUGAGAGGGAAGCUGCUAAGUUGAUCAAAACCAUUGUUGGAGUUGUUGAGGCUUGUCAUUCUCUUGGGGUCAUGCACAGAGAUCUUAAGCCUGAGAACUUCUUGUUUGAUACGGUUGAGGAAGAUGCUACCCUCAAGGCCACUGAUUUUGGGUUGUCUGUUUUCUACAAGCCAGGUGAAUCUUUCUCUGAUGUUGUCGGGAGUCCAUACUACGUUGCACCAGAGGUUUUACGGAAGCAUUAUGGACCUGAAUCAGAUGUGUGGAGUGCUGGUGUUAUCCUAUACAUAUUAUUGAGUGGGGUGCCACCAUUUUGGGCAGAAACUGAAAUGGGAAUUUUCCGGCAGAUUUUACAAGGGAAAAUAGAUUUUGAUUCAGAACCUUGGCCUGCUAUUUCUGAUAGUGCAAAGGAUCUCAUAAGAAAAAUGCUUGACCGCCAUCCAAAGAGAAGGCUAACUGCUCAUCAAGUCUUGUGCCACCCAUGGAUUGUAGAUGACACCAUUGCACCCGAUAAACCUCUUGAUUCUGCAGUAUUGUCACGCCUGAAGCAGUUCUCAGCAAUGAACAAACUUAAAAAGAUGGCUUUACGAGUUAUAGCAGAAAGGCUUUCGGAAGAAGAAAUCGGUGGUCUGAAAGAGUUAUUUAAAAUGAUAGAUACCGACAAUAGUGGAACAAUUACAUAUGAAGAAUUAAAAGACGGCCUCAAACGAGUGGGUUCUGAACUUAUGGAAUCGGAGAUCAAAGAUCUUAUGGAUGCAGUAAGGAAUUCCAUCGAUGUUAUUUGGCAAUCCUUGUGUACACCUCUUGCACUUACUUUUGAUCCUUUGCUAAAUGGACAAACCUUCAUGUUGUUUUGGCAGGCAGACAUUGACAACAAUGGGACAAUCGAUUACGGUGAAUUCCUUGCUGCCACGGUGCACUUGAAUAAACUGGAAAGGGAAGAGAAUCUGGUGGGUGCCUUCUCCUUUUUCGACAAAGAUGGGAGUGGAUACAUAACCAUUGAUGAGCUUCAACAAGCCUGCAAAGAGUUUGGAUUAAGCGACGUCCAUCUCGACGAGAUGAUCAAAGAAAUCGAUCAAGAUAACGAUGGACAAAUAGACUAUGGGGAGUUUGCAGCAAUGAUGAGGAAGGGCAAUGGAGGUAUUGGGAGGAGAACUAUGAGAAGGACGAUCAAUUUGGGAGACGCGUUCGGAGUGACGGCAAAUGGGGCUAAGGAAUUGAAUAGUUCAGUUUGAAGUAAGUUUUUUUUGUGCUAAAACUUUCAGUGGCUAAUUACUAUUAAUUAGUUACUAUAUAAGUUGACAUUUUCAAGUUUAUGAGAAACUUGUGCGGUUCCAGAAAUGAAAA